AAUUUUUUACUUUUGAUUCAAGCCCCGAGAUAAAGAAACGGAUUUAUAAGUUUGACAGUUUAUUGAGCUGCUAUUGGAAAUUGCGACGAGAUUUUGCGUUGUUAUUUUAACUGGUUGUACUGAUCCAUUUACUCUGAAAGUUCACCGUCUUGUUAGAGGCGUUUAAUUGGUGGAAAAACGUUACUGUUGUAUUCAGUAAAAUUAAUAUUGGGACAUAAUUUUAAAAAUAAAAUGUAUUCGGUUAAUAAAUAAUCUUUCAAAGACAAGUAUCUGAAUUUCUUAACUGCUUUGCCUAAAAAGAUUUCAAAAGUCAGCUAUAAUAUUUUGAUAUAGGUGAGCACAAGUCAAAUAUUCAGUUAACUUAUUACCGUGUUUGGCAGACUGUUGUGCAAGUGAUAAAAGACCAAAAUUUAUUGAGCAUCGAUAGAAUUGUUCCUGCACUUCAUUUACAUGUUAGUGUUUUAGCUGUUAUUUGUCCAAUACAAGCCGAAUUAUCUUCGUUUACUGUGUGUAAUUUCCGCAGCUGAUGUUCACGAUUUUAAACAACUGCUAAAAUUAUACUAUCUGGGGAGAAGCUGAUACCAAGACCAAACGACGGAAAUCGGAAGUUGUUCAAAGAUAAACUAAAGAAUAGCAUUGAACUAAUGUUUGCGAACGUUUGAAAGUGGAGCGUUUAAUUAAAUAUUGAACAAGGAAGGUCGGCAGCUUUCAAAGAAGAUGAUCGGCUUUAUUCUCUAAGUAAUUGGAUGUAACCAGAAAGUUCUUUAAGAUAAUCAAUGAAAGAUGUGAAACAGAAGUAGGAUUUUUCAAUCGCAGAGUCCAUUUUUUUUUUGGUCUUUGAUUCAUACGAAAGCAGAAUUUUUUACUACUCAGCUACUGCUUAAGCCGACAGAAAGUGUCUUCUAGGUAGGCAUUGGACAGUAAAUAAUGACUUGAACAUAUGCUAAUUUCAGGCCAAUUUAACAUUAUCUUACCGUUUUUCAAUAGUAUGAGUCGAGAUGGUGAGUUUUAGGCACAGAGGCCGCCGAUCUUUUUUUUGUGGAAGAAUAUGAGCGCAAUAAUUUACAAGCAACGGUUCUCUGUCGUCAUGAUCUCUUUUAACAAGUAAAUUUAUUUCAAAGAUUCCCGCUCUUUGAACUGUUUUCCUAAUUGAAAAAGAAGCAGCUGCUUUAAGUGUAUCGCUGAGAAAAAAAACAGAGAUAGCCGCGUGACCUAUGAACGACAACAUGUUUCGCUGCGAAAUCUUUCUCGUGCAAAGAUCAAUGUUGAUUUGAUGAAAAGAUCCAAAGGAUUGGUACGUGUUUGUGCACACGUAAUUCCUAGGUAGCCAUAUAUGCUUAACCAUGUAAAAGGAAAGGGUAAUUUAGUAUUAUCAACUCAGUUGAUAGUACCCAAUUACCCUGUUAUACUCUCCCACUGACGCAGCACCACAGUUUCUUUAGAAACUUGCCCCCUUUAUUCAAAUACAAAAAGAAAGUUUGUUGCAGGCUAGAUAUUGAAUCCAAGGCACUUUACAAAUCACGGGACGCAGAUGACAUGAUGACUUGUGAGAGACGCCUUUUUGACCGUUUUUGUUUAAUCGCAGUCAUUUUGUACCCAAUGAUGCUGUGGAAAAGAGAAACUGUUACGUGUAUGUCUUUUAUGAUCAUCAACGUUUGUUGUGGUUCUACUGUCCUUCAGAAGGAACGAUUCCCCCAAGGUAUGGACUCUUGUGGACAACGUAUUCUUCACUCAACAACCAGUAAUUACUAUGGAAUGGCUAUUACAAGAAACAAUGUGAUAGACAAGCGAAUAGUGGGUGGGAGAGUAAGCAGUGACGGUGCAUGGCCUUGGCAGGUUGCUUUAAUGCUGGAUGAUGUCCAAGUGUGUGCAGGCUCAAUUAUCAGACCUAACUGGGUUUUAACUGCUUGCCAUUGUUUCACAGAUUAUCGGUCAACAAAGGAUCCAACUCGCUGGAAAGUUAAACUUGGUGCCAAUCCUCUUUCAUCAGAGUCGAAAGAGUUUCAACAAGUGAGAGGAGUAAAGAACAUCAUCGUGCACCCAAAGUACUGGGGUAAAACUGUUCAAGGUGUGCUUAUUCAGCCUCCAGAUUAUGAUGUAGCUCUUCUUGAACUUUCAAGCCCAGUAACCUAUAAUAGCUUUGUGCGACCUAUCUGUCUCCCCGUGAAUGGCUUAGUAUUCCCCCCCGGGAAAAUCUGCUAUGUGACAGGAUGGGGAUCAAAGGGAUGGGACAAGCCACCGUCGGAGUUUUUGCAAGAAGCUCCGGUACGCUUAGUUUCGCGAACGGAAUGUAACAAAAAGAAAUCCUACGAUGGGACUGUUCCAAAGACGGCUUUGUGCGCCGGAUACAAGGAUGGAGGGAUUGAUGCAUGUCAAAAAGAUAGCGGUGGACCGCUAGCUUGUGAAUAUGAUGGACAAUGGUACCUCGUGGGCGUCAUAUCAUGGGGAAAACAUUGUGCAGUCCCAAAUAAAUACGGCGUGUAUGCUGAUGUGCGAGUUCUAAACUCUUGGAUUACUGGAGUUGUACAGUAGUUUUAAUACCAUGAAUUCACGAUUGUAUGUGGCAGUUAAACGAGAA